AGCUACCAUAGUAUUCGGUAACUUGGCAACAACGCUGAAAUAAAGAAUUUUUAUGUAAGAAUCGUUCUUAUUUGAAGCUGAAAACGGGAAAGAUGCGUCCUAAAUAUUACACUCCCAACGAGGUAGCAGUGCACAACACGCUUAAAGAUAUUUGGGUGUCCUUCUUGGGUAAAGUUUACGAUUUAACGCCACUAUGUGAGAAGUACGAAGGGAGCAUUUUGUUAAAGCCUGUCGUCGCCAGCGCUGGAAAAGACAUCUCUCAUUGGUUUGACAAGAAGACAAAUGAUAUUCGAACGCACGUGGACCCUGCCACGAAGUGCGUCUUUCCCUACUCGCCUCAUGGCCGCUUUGUCCACAUCCCGCCCCCUAGUCCACGUACCGACUGGGCCAAUGACUUUGGCAGACCGUGGUGGAAAGACGAGGGGUACUGCAUCGGGAUCUUAUCCAAGAAGACAAGAAUGGUCAAGGUCAUCAACACUCUCACAUCACAAGAACAGAUUAUAGAGGUUUGCUCGGAGGAGACCAUGGAUGAAAUUCUCCAGCGGUACCUAAAGUGGAACGAGCACGCGGCCAGCUACACCUGGAAAUACGAGGGCGCGAACCUCGACAUGAACCAGACGCUGGAGGAGAACGGUAUCUCCGACGAGGAUGAGGAGUUCUACAAGCUGAGCAUGAACGAUGAUGAGUACCUUCGCGCUAUCCACCUCUACUUCAAUGACGACCUGACGGAAGCCUGAUGUCGAUCCCACCGUCGCUUGUCGAGCAAGAGUGCCCUUUUCCAUGCAAGGCACAAGAGUAGUGUUAAUUAAAACAUGAACUCAAUUUCAUAAAGCUGUAUUUUUCAUCAAGCGUCAAUUUAAGGAGCAAAUUUAUGGAUGCAUGCCCAACAUUUAUAAACAGGCCCGAUUUUGAUGAUCAAUAUGUAAUUUCACUUAGAAUAUCUUUCUUAAACUUCCUUCUGUUGACAGGAUUACCAAGACCUAUAUAACAAUGUGUUUAGACCAGAAGUCUAAACGACUGUAGGCAUUAAGCCGCUUCUUGAUUUAAUUCAAAGCAAAACUAUCAAGCUCUUUGCUAUCCUCGUAAAAAUUGGAAAGAUAGAGAGAGAGGAGGUGGGGAUGAUAUGUAUAUACCGGUAUUUAUGAAAGUGGUCAAUAGAAAAGAAACAUAAUAAGCAUUCUCAUUAAAGGGCAAUCCAACCCUUGUAGUAAGUUCAUUUGUAUGAAAGCAGAAAAAACAGAUUAACUGAAUGGUGACAGUUUUAAAUGAAUCGGACUAAUAAUAAGAGAAUUAUGAAUUUUUGAAAUAUGAGAUCUUGUGAAAAUGUAUAUCUGUGCAUAUAUGCAUGAAAUUUUAUUAUCAUACAUUUGUAAUGUGUUGUAAAUAUGUACAUUACAUUUGUAAAUAUAUGUAUUUAAAUAUCACCUUUUAGUGUUUUCAAAAUUAAAUAUCUAGCUAUAUUAAAACCUGUUUGUUGAUUA